UUAAAUUAUAAUAGUUGAUCGCAAGUUACAUUUCCCGUCAUCUUCCUGGGAGAACUCCAAAAGAUUUCGCAGACGAGAUAAGAGUAAAAGCGGCCAGCGAGGAAAUUCCCAUGAAAGCUCUGCUGAAUCCGGGUUCUUCUCUGUGUUCGAUCUCUUCUUUGCAGAUCAAGAGAUCUCUUCACUUCGACGGGCCGAGUUCUUCAUGUCUCCGCUUCCCUCUGAGCGAUCGAUGCCGUCCGUCGCGGCGGAGGCUCGCCGGUGGUUUGGCCGUGAGUGCCGUUUUGGAUUCCUCAAUCAUGGAGCAGUUAGGGCUAAAGGAAUCCGAUAUUGUGAACCCCGCUGUCUCUUCUUCUUACAGGAGGUCGACGCUUGCGAAGCCGAACCAAACCGUGCUUGACGCCCAAGCUAGGGUUUGCACCGGACCCACGCAGACCAGACCCCUCACCGAAGAACAGGCUUUCAAGGUGCUUGAUACUAUAUUACGAUCAGCUAGAGGGGAACUAAAAAACGAAGAACCAGUUUCUAACGCGCAACUGGGAGCGUUUUUUGCUGCGAUGACUAUCCGUGCAAAUGCUUUCCCUGAGGAAACUCAAUGGAGUGAAGGUGAACGGCGGGCGAUGAGUGUGCUCUGGCCACUCCUGGCUCGAGUGCUGCCUUCUGAUGUUCUCUUCAUUGCGGAUCCUGAAGGCUCUAUUAUGGGUGUGGGGAAUUCAGUUGGACCAAAUUUUGCAGGCAAUGGAACUACUGAAAUGAGACUGGUUGGUGCCCUAAGAGAAAUUUUAGCUGGAGGGCACCUAGGGUAUGAAGAGGUCCAGGGUGUUUUAAGAGAUGUUCUUCCACUCGUGACAGAAGAUAGUCUAUCCUCAGGAGUUAGUGAGGCCUUGCUUUCUGCUUUUUUGAUCGGCCAACGUAUGAACAGAGAAACAGAUCGCGAGCUUAAAGCUUACUGCCUCGCAUUGGAUGAUGAACUUGGAGCUCCUCCAGUUGCUGACGUCAAAUCAUUAACCCAUUAUGGCGAGCCUUAUGAUGGAAAUACUCGUUACUUUCGAAGCACCUUGUUUGUUGCUGCAGUUAGAUCCUGCUAUGGCGAAUCUUCAAUGCUUCAUGGGGUGGAAUGGAUGCCACCUAAAGGGGGUGUGACUGAAGAACAAAUGCUAAAGUUUAUGGGAGCAAAUACAAGCUUGUCCCUUCAGCAUGCAAAGGAACUCAUCGAGGACGAGAAGGCUGGAUUUGCAUAUCUUAGUCUACGGGAAGCUCGACCAUCCUUUUAUUCUUUGGUUGGGGUAAGGGAGCAUAUAAAGAAACGCCCUCCACUGGCAACGACAGAGAAAGUUCAACAAUUUGUGAGGGCCACAGGGAAGGAAGCGAUUGUGGCUGGGUUUUACCAUGAAGGCUACGAAGAGCCUUUGUUAAUGCUUAUGAGAAGAAGAGGUGUACAUUCGGGAUUGGUGAUUAAGGGUGAGGAGGGAGCCCUCUCGAUGACGACACGAGUGCGAGCAGCAACUGUCUCUAAAGGGCUACCGGUUAACUAUUGCUCCGGGUUUCGUUCUUUGAGUUCAGAAUCUGCUCUCGAAGUUGACGCAGGGGUGUCGAGGCAAAGUUUCAGUCUGGAGGUGGAUGCCAGGGAAUAUGGGUUUGAGCCAACAGAGACUCCAAGAACUGAUCGAUCGGUGGCGAAGAACAUAGAGCUGGGGCUGGCGGCUCUUCGGGGCGAGAAAGGGCCGGCAUAUGAUAGAAUAGUGUUAAACGCAGGGAUGGUGGAUCAUUUGCUGGGAUGCCAAGGUGCAGAGGAUGUCUCUGUGGCUAUGGAGAGAGCCAGAGAGGCCAUUGACAGUGGGAAAGCUCUUAGGAAGCUUUUGAAUUACAUUGAAAUUUCUCGCAGGCUGAAGCAUUACCCCUCGUAAAGAAUUGGUCAGUCAGGACAAAUCCUUCAGCAGAGCCUUCUCCACCCAAAGAAAGAAUACAACUUUUUCUUUUCUUUGAAAAAAAAUUUACCCUUUACGGGUAGAUAGAAAAUUUUCAUAGUCGAAUGUUCUCUUUUGUGGAAUUCAUAAUUGAAUCUUAUCUUGGGACAGAUGUUGGGCACACCACAGAAGCCUAAGCUCGGCAGCGGCUGUAAAGGGUUUAUGUUGAAUUAUGGUUCGAAGUUAUCAAUUAUGGCAUUUGGGUGUGUUUCUGUGUAAAACUCGUGACAGUCCUUGCAGUUAAUUCCGUGUUCAUGAAUCCGGUGGAAGAACAUGUUGCCGUAUCUUGUCAUUAUUGCAAUUUUUUUCCUAACA